AUGGUAUCCAAGUGCGUUUCAUGGUUGCUGGUAGGCGCAGCUCUCGCGUCCGGAGCAGAAAGCAGGGCUCCGAACGACACGCUUUGCAGGACCCUUCUCAACGCCACCAUCUUUAACGCAACAACCAUAACCUCCGUAGAUCUCCUCUCAGCCGGUUCAAAUUUUACCGGCACAUCAGUCGAGACAAGUUACGACACCGCUCAAACAAAUCUCCCAGAACUUUGCCGAGUGAAAUUCACAACUCGAACAAGCUCCAAUAGCUCCGCCAAAGCAGAAGUGUGGCUUCCCUCUUCCUGGAGCGGCCGCUUUCUCGCAGUAGGCAAUGGGGGGUUCGCAGGCGGUAUAAACUACCCCGACGUUGUCUGGGGAGUACGGAAAGGUUUCGCCACGUUGAGCACGAAUGUGGGACAUGAUUCGACGCAGCUGGAUGGGACCUGGAUGCUGAACUCUCCGGACAGACUCAUCGACUUUGGAUAUAGGGCCCUGCAUUCGACGACCGUGGCUGCGAAAGAUAUCGUAAAGGGGUAUUAUUCAGCAGAAGCAGAGUGGGCGUACUAUGCUGGUUGUUCGACUGGUGAGUGGGCGUUGCACCCUGUCCAGUUGUUUUUGCUUAUGGCGCAUCGCAGGUGGCAGACAGGGUCUCAGCGCCGCACAGCGUUAUCCGCAAGAUUAUAAUGGUGUUCUCGUGGGGUCAGCCAUCGCUUCUCAAACCAACACUUCCGGAUGGCAGACAUACGUCGCUCUGAACCAGUUUCCAAACAAUCACAGCUCUUAUAUCCCCGCUUCUAUGUGGCCAACAAUCCAUGAAGCUGUCUUGAAGCAAUGUGAUCAUUUGGAUGGGAUUCAGGAUGGCAUCAUCAUGGAUCCAUCACAGUGCGCAUUUCACGCGGAGGUCCUGCUCUGCGAGAAGAGCAUAUCUAAUUCGAGCGCUUGUCUGAAUGCGGAUCAAGUCCAGAAUCUGGAAAGGAUGUACCGGCCAUGGCUAGACGCGUCGAGCAACUUGAUCAAUCCUGGUAUUUCUCCAAGCGGCGAGCUCAGUUUCGCAACCCUUAUGAACGGGGACGAGCCAGCCUUUGGCCCAGAAUUCUAUCGAUAUGCCGUCUUCAACGCUUCUAAUUGGAACUGGGCAGAGACGAAUGCCAGCACGAUUGCAUUCGCAAACAACAUCAAUCCGGGAGGAUGCAAUGCUUACAACCCAGACAUGCGACCAUUCCAGGAUGCGGGUGGGAAGUUGAUCCAAUAUCACGGAUAUGCCGACCCAUUGAUUCCAUCUUUAACAGCGCCUGCUUGGUACGAUACGUUGAAAUUCUUUUACAGUAGCAUCGACAAGGCAGACGAGGUAGCUGCAUUCUAUCGGCUGUUUCUGGUGCCGGGCAUGGGUCAUUGCAACGGUGGCGUUGGGGGCUGGGUAAUCGACGCUGCCAGUCAGGGAGGCGUCAUUCCGGCUGACUACAGCAGAGACCAUUCAAUGCUGUGGUCUCUUGUCGACUGGGUGGAAGGCGCUGGAAAGAGCUCCAACGGCUCGGCAAGCAAAGCUCCAGAGAUGGUCAUUGGCACCAAGUUCUUGAACGACACGGCAAGUCUAGGCGUGGAUUUUGAGCGGCCAAUCUGUAGGUGGCCGGCAGUGGCGGAGUAUAAAGAUGGACCAGUAGCAGAAGCGGCCAGUUGGACAUGCCCUACGGAGCGGGUGUAUUGA